CUGACGACGUGCCUGCAAGAAGUACGCGGGCUGGUGCUUUGCAGUUGCAGUACACGACGCCGUACUCCAAGUUACAUGCCGUCAGUAGACUGCAAAGGCAGCACCUCUCUGCGUGGGACAUCAACUCAGACGACCUGUGCAUGCAGGCCUUUCGAGUUCACGCAGUUACGCAUCGAAGAACCUCCUAUAGAAUGGUGGCAUCGGACGCAUCCUACAAUAUCCUCUCCGUCGACUUCAUGGUAUUAUAUCGAAUGCAUAACAUGGUACCCCGUCUGUCUGCAUUACGGGAAUACACUCACAAUCGUAAGAAUUAUAUCAGUCGUACGUACCAUCGUAUCAUAGCCGUCGUACGAAUUAUGACAAUUGUACGACUUCGAACCAGUCGUACGAAUUAUAACAACCGGUUUAUUACAAUCGACACACCUUGCACGUCGUACGGCAGCCAUCUUCACAGCGCUUAUGCUGCUGGUUAUCAUCUCCAUCUUUACCGAAUCAAUCCUUAUGCUGGCCUUAUAUCAAAAGUAUCGUCGCGUCGUCAUAUCAAAAGUGUCCUAGCGUCUAUGUGGAUCACAGACGCGGAUCAUCCGGCGGGAUCGGGUCGUCAAUCGAUGAGAGCAUGUAUCAGGCAUCUGUACAUAUAUCACAACAGCAACAACAACGCCAGCCGCACAAACUUCAGCUGCAGCAACAGUAUAAACCGCAGCACCAGCGCCAAGACAAUUCGCAACAGCACCAGCAGCAUAAACAACAACAGCAACAUCACCGUCUCCAGGAGCACCAGCAGUAUGGACAAAAGCAGCAGCAACACCAUUCUCAGCAGCAACCGCAGCAUGAAGAACAGCUGCGGCAACGCAAGUCUCAGGAACAUGAAUAUCAUAAGCAGCAGCAGCAGCAUCAAGAUGAGGAACAAG